CGCUCCCAUUCCCCCUGAGCGCGCCCCUGGCGCUCUCCUCAGCCCCCCGAGUGCCCCGCGUUCCUGGGUUGGGGUGUCCGUCUAAAUUCAAGUUUCUCACAGUUUGGAGCAGAGUGUUUAAAUCCUGGAAGUGUGAACAGUCCCACGUUUACAAAACGGUGGGGGGGGAUAAGCGGUCUGGGGGUUGGAAGCUAUGGAGUGGGAAUGGUUCAAAGGAAGUAGCUUGAAGGCGGGUUUUGCCAAAGGCAUUCGUGUUCCUCAGAAUGUGGCUAACUUCUUAAAUAAAAAGUUGGGUUUUUCCUUCACCCUCAACUCAGUGACUCCAUAGGUUUUGCUCAACCUCUCUAAAGUAAUUCACUUCUGGGAAAGAUACUAAACACCACAUUUUAAUCCAAAAUACUUUUUUCAGACACUUUCAUAUAUUUGUGAGGAAAUUGUUACGAAAACCCUUAAAAAUAUAAUUGGUUCUGUGAAAGCCAGUAUAGAGUUUGCUGUUAGCAAACAAUAUAAUUAUACAGCUUCAUCUUUUUUCAAAUAUAUUUUACAGACAUAUAAUUGCAGAUGUUGGUAUUCAGAUACGAUUAUGCAUCCUAUGGCCCAGUCGGUUUCAGAAUUGAUUUUUAAUGUCAAAUCUAUAGUAUAAAUUCAGGGACCUUACCAUAGAAGAACUGAAGAAUGUUGUUAAGGUCUACCCAAACUUCAGAUUCUCCAUGGACACGUACACUUUCAAAGAUGGAUCCCUUAAAGACCUCUUGAAUUUUAGUGGCACUAUUCCAGUGAAGUAUCAGGGUAAUUCCUAUAACAUACCAAUUUGUUUGUGGAUUUUGGAUUCUCAUCCUUUUGCUCCUCCCAUUUGCUUUCUGAAGCCAACUAUGAACAUGGAAAUCUCUGUGGGAAAACACGUAGAUGCACAUGGCAGGAUAUACUUGCCCUAUCUACAAAACUGGAGCCACCCGAAGUCAAUUAUUGUUGGAUUAAUCAAAGAAAUGAUUGAAAAGUUUGAGGAAGAGCUACCUCUGUAUUCAAUACCAUCUUCUGACGAAGCAAGGCAGUUAGAACUGCUAUCUUAUAUUGCAAAGAUAACUGCAGGUGAAACUGACAUGAAUUCAAAGACUAUGGUGAGUGGACAGAAAAGAGAUGGAGGCGUUAACAAAGUUACUGUGAUUGGAGCAGGAGAUCUCGGCAUUGCUUGUGUACUAGCAAUUGCAGCAAAGGGUGCUGCAGACCAGGUGGUUCUCAUAGACCUCUCAGAAAGUACAGCAAAAGGAGGAACAAUGGACCUGGAUAUCUUUAGUCUGCCAAAUGUAGAAAUCAGCAAAGAUUUUUCUGCUUCUGCUGAUUCAAAAGUGGUGGUGCUCACCGUUAAUUCUCUGGGUAAUGCUCAGUCAUAUCUUGAUGUCAUUCAGAGCAACGUGGAUCUAUUCAGAGGAAUCAUCCCAGCAGUAGCACGUUAUAGUCAAAAUAGUGUGCUACUUGUUGCAUCUCAUCCAGUGGAAAUAAUGACACAUGUAUCAUGGAAGCUGAGUGCAUUUCCUAAAAGCAGAGUUAUUGGAAUUGGUUGUAAUCUAGACACUGAAAGAUUCCAAUAUAUUAUUACAAACUUGUUGAAAGCACAGACCAUAGGAAAAGAGGCUUGGAUUAUCGGCGAACAAGGGGAAGGCAAAGUACCUGCAUGGAGUGGUUCUAAUUUAAUAACAUAUCAAACUGAAGGAAUAGUGAAUCAUAAUUCUCAGGAGCAGUUGGCUAAGAGAGCCAUGGAAGUUCUUAAGGGAAAAGGUCAAAAGUCCUGGUCUGUUGGACUGUCAAUAGCUGAUCUGAUUGAAAGUAUACUGAAAGAUAAAAGAAAGGUUCACUCCAUAUCAACUCUGGCAAAGGGGUGCUGCAAUAUAAACAGUGAAGUAUUUUUAAGUAUGCCAUGUAUUCUUGGAACAAAUGGAGUGAUUGAAAUUAUCAAAACACUGACGGAGGAUAAAUUGGUGGCAAAGAAACUGCAGAACAGUGCAGCAUCAAUUAAUGACCUUCAGCAGCAACUGAAACUUUAAACCCAGUGAAAUCAUGCUAUAUCUGCUCAUGAAAAUGCUGGGUUUGCUAAGGAAAAAAGGUUCCCUGGUAGAUACAGGUUUCUUCACACACAAGAAUGAAAAGUUUUUUGUUUUUUUUUCUUAAGACUGUAGUUCUUGUUUUCAAAAUGAAGAGGAUAAUGUACAAAUGUUUCGUCAAUUUAAUUAAUUUUUUUUAUCUGUGUACUUUCACUAAACUAUGCACCAUAUAGGCCUUAUUUUCAUGUUUACAAUUUUUCAAUUGUGCCCUUUGCUGGGUCAAAGUGGUUCUAAAACUGACUUAACAGUCUACCUGCAAGUGUCUCUGAUAUAUGUAGAAUUUUAGGUUGUGCAGAGUCAGCACAGAAAAGCUGCCUCCCUGACUUCCUUAAGUGUAGAUGGCAUGACUAGAGCACAAUUGCAGUCCAGCUAGUCAGUGCAGUAAAGCAUAGACUAUAAAAUGAUCCUUGUGCUAAGCAGACACAGUAAUGGUAGAGCACUUUAUUGUUUUCAUGUAAUGAACUUGACAUUAGCAUGCUGCUAGAGAAAUUUGGAAAAUAUUUUUAAUCAUAUACCUUCCAGCUUGAGCUUUUGGGCAUUGUAUAUGAAUGCUGGUGUAUGUUCAUUAAAUUGAGCUUUUUUCCUAGAAUUUUGCUCUAACAGAUUUGUAUUUUUACAAAUAGUUAAGGUGCUUUCAAGUGGUGUAUUAGAAAUAACUUUCUUGUUUUAAAAACGAGGGUACUCCAACAAUUAGAGUAUUGGCACAGAUACUGAACAUAGUGGUGAGGUGUUUGGUACGGAAGUGGGAAUGAAGGACAAUCUGACAAUUUAAUAAUAUAGAAGUAAAUAGAGAUUAGGGGCAUAAUUCAUGGAAAAUAGGUCCUGAUUCAAAGCUCACUGGUGUCAGUGGGCUUUGGAUCAGGGUCAUAAGGAAUAAAGUGACUAAGCAGGGCAACUGAAUCUGAGUAGGGAGAUACCUAUAACUGACAAGAUUUGAGAGGUGUACAGAAAAAGCAGUUUACUAGUGUUUAAAAUACACCAAAAAUGAAUGCACAUUGGUGCAAAUGAUUUUAUAGACUUCCUAAAUAAUCUUUGCUUGUUCAUUGUGUUAGUCUUAAAGAAAAGUAAUCAUCUUGUGAGUGGACAUCAGUAUUUAAUUGAAUACUAAUGAUACCAAAUACAGUGUAUAGGAGAAAAUGUAUACCCAACACUUAAAAGUGCUGGUAUAUAUUUCUUAGAAUACCUUUGAAGCUUUAUGUUGGUAAAGACCCAAUAUACUGAAUGAGUUAGAUUGAUGAUACGCUUGCUUGUGCCUUAUAUUUAUUGGUACCUUAUAAAGGGCUCAUUCUUGAAGGGGCUUAAUACCCUCCACAAACUUUUGGGCCUGUUGGGUAUAACUUAAAAGUCCAUUUUCCAUUGUGAUCCAAGAGAGCAAUAUUUAACCCAUUAAUUUCAGUGGGAGUUGUUAUGCUGAGUGACCUCAGGAUUGAGACCAAAUAUAGCAAAACUGCAUUUUUUUCUUAAUGAGACCACUAUUCAUAUUGUUUUAAUCAGUGAUGUUGUAUGAAUAGUGAUAGAAUAAUUGAACUAGUUAGUCAAAAAAUUGAGCUUCGUGCUCUACCUGGACUUGAUUUCUUUUUAACUUAUAAAAUCUUCUUGAAGGAACAAUAACUUUUCCUUAAACUGUUGUGCAUUUAAAAUUGUUCAUAAAGAGGGCUAUGCUUAAUUAGAAGCAAUCAUUUUUUACCUUAAUGUUGUAAUAUAUUUUGUUAAAAGCUGCAGUCCUAUUAUAAUUGGCACCUUUUAGGAUAUAUGGUACUUAGCACUCAUAAUAAUUCAGAGAUGGAGUUAUUUUUAAACAUUAAAUGCCAUUGUUCUAAAGUUUUCAAUUAAGGGAUUGCAGCUUUAAAAAUACAUUACAUGGCACUUUAGAUAAUUUCCUUCCUAUGAAAACAUAGUCACAUUUAGAUUAACAGCACUAAAAGGCA